UGUCUGCUCAGUGCGCAUGCGCGGUGAGAGAAGCGGAAGAGAGCAGCAUCAUGUCGCUGGAGGAUCCGUUCUUCGUUGUUAAGGGGGAGGUGCAGAAAGCCCUUUCUCGUGCUCGAGGUCUGUUUGAUAGAUGGGAGGAACUGUUGCAGGAUGGGACUCAGGUGAGCCGUGAUGAGCUGGACUGGAGCGCCAAUGAACUGAGGAACUGUCUGAGGGCCAUCGACUGGGACCUGGAGGACCUCAGUGAAACCAUCAGUAUCGUGGAGUCGAACCCGGGGAAGUUCAGACUGGGCGACAACGAACUUCAGGAGAGGAGAGACUUUGUAGAGCGAACCAGGAAAUCUGUCCAGGACAUGAAGGAUCAGUUGUCCAGCCCUUCUGCUGUGGCUCAGGCAGAGAAGAAGAACAGAGAGGCUCUGCUGACUUCAUCAGGCCAGGACAGGUCAACGGGACUGGAGGCUCAUCUGGUGUCUGCAAACUCCAGAUACAUCCAGGAUCAACAGGAACAACAACAGCUGAUCAUGGAGGAGCAGGACGAGCAGCUGGAGUUGGUGUCAGGCAGCAUCAGAGUCCUCAAAGACAUGUCGGGACGCAUCGGGGACGAGCUCGACGAGCAGUCUGUCAUGUUGGGGGACUUUGGAGACGAGAUGGACCAGACGUCGUCCCGUAUGGACUCGGUCCUGAAGAAGCUGGAGAAGGUGUCUCACAUGACCAGCAGUCGGAGACAGUGGUGUGCCAUCGGUGUGCUGGUCACCAUCAUGAUCGUGGUCCUCAUCCUCUUCUUCGCUCUCUGAUGGCCAGUGACCUCUGACCUCUCGACCACGUUCACCGACUCCUCCCCGUUAGGACGGACAGACAGACAGACAGAUGGAUGGACGGACAGAUAAAGGAAGAUGGACAUUCCUCCUCCCCCUCCCUCCCUUCCUUCCUUUACACCCCACUGAGGAGAAACUGGUGACCUGCAGAGAGAAGUUCGGGUUCAAUCCUCCUUCUCUCUGCUUUUUUUUUAUGAUUCUAGUGACACAAACCCGUGAGCAGAGGAGUUAAACACACGGGAAGCUCCGGUGGUAUUAUGUAUUUCACAUUGGUGCAUUUCGGUUAUUAUUGUCUGAUAAUAAUAAUAAUGGUACUCACUGGGAGGGUCGGGACGGGAGGCUGCUGCUGCUGUCGGGUUAAAACAAAAAUACACAAACAAGUUCAGCAAAUCAAGAUAUUUUCUAUUAACAACAUCAGGAUUUGAAAUGUGAACCCAACAGAUGUCCAGUGGCAGUAAUAUUAUAUUUGUUAAUAAAUAAGAGAACAUCACUUAUAACAUACGGCAGCAACGUUAGAAAACAACACUUCAACACUUAAUUUCUUCAAAAUUAACUUUUGAAUGAUGCCGAAGAACCACAAACGUGAUCUAUUUUGUAAAUAAGUAGUUUUAAAAAGUUAUAACGGCGCUUUACAGAAAGAAAAGGAAACACAGAAUGUCACUUGAACAGCUGCUGUGACAUUCAUUUCAGUUGGCUGGUGAAUUCUUGGCGGCCAGAAAGUCAUUUUUGGACUCUGAUCAAUAUGGAUUCAUUAACUGUUAAAUAGGGUUAAACCGACGGUGCGGCGAGACGGCCCCUCACUUUCAUUGCGCCACAGGGUUUUGCGUGCACCCUCUGAUUCGCGCGUGAGUUAGACUCCUUGGUCGCAUUUCAAGACGGGUCGGGUGGGUUGCAGACAUCGCUGCAGACCCCUGGCGCCUUUUACGUGGGCCGAUCGACAGUCGCAGGGGAGAGAAGGCGCAGUGAGCCCUUUGUCCACGGUGGGGCGAGGUCCGGGCAAGGAGCGCUGAAAAAGCUGCAGCCGCGAGCCACCUUCGCCCCGAGCCGGUCGCGGCGCACCGUCUCGUAUGCGGGACUCCCCAGCCUGCCGUGUGUCGCUCACACCCUCCAGCUGGCUGUUAACGAGGGUCUUUUGGCACAGAGAAGUACUCGUAUCGGUACUCGGUAUCGGCGAGUACCCAAAUGUAAGUACUUGUACUCGGUCUGAUAAAUCGUGGUAUCGGUGCAUCCCUAGUUGUUAAAUCGAUAAAAGACACCGUUCUUUGUGUUUUAAGCCGACAGGAGCAGCGUGGGAGGGAGGGAGGAGUGGGUCAGGGGUCUUUUCAGUGUUGCCUUAAAUAUAUUUUUCUAUAUGGUAAAACGUGCAGUAUGUUUAUGUGCCUACAUGUGAAUCAGGGUGGGAAAUAACCAGCGAGGACUAGUCAUCAUCAGGUGAAUCACAAUGACAGCAGCUGAUUUCACUGGUGGGGGAUGAAUUAGUCACCUCUGAAAUCAGCUGCUGUGGUCAAAACAGACAACAUGCACACUCAUCGUGCCCGUCCCUGAUAUACUAGAGUGCUGGUUUUGCUCCGCUGGACACUUUGUCAGAUGUCCUGAUGCUCUGGCCAGCGGACAGAGAAACGGUUCAUUUCCCGCCCUGAUUGAGAUCCGUCUCAGCGAGGUGAAGUCAGGUCUGCAGCCCACCACCGCCGCCGCCGCCUUCGCGCCCCUGCGGGCGGUUCAGCACACGAUUGGCUGAGGCUUUGUUACUCUCACUGGGUGAGGAGAGACACAACCUUGGCUCAGAGCGAAUGGGUUCGCCUGUUUGAUUGAAAAAGCUUUAGUUAAUGAGAGGAGGGACAGUUGCUGGGCAGGAUGUCUCCACACGCAGCCCAGAUUUAGGCUCACAGCUCCCUCUGCUGGACGCCGUGGCUCAUGAUGUUUCUUUGUGUCAUGUCAGGUAACACUACCCACGCAAGGGUGUGUUGCACUGCUGUAUGAAUAUAAACUAUAAUGAAUUAUUGUGUAAAUGGACAGACUUCCUGUACAAAGGCUUUAUGCACAAUCAAUUGUAUUUUUAAUCCAGAUUUCUUUUCAUGUGCAAUUUGUUUUUUGCUUUUGUCGUGCUGUUAGAGAGAAAAUGAUGAACUAAGCAGUUCCAUGACAUUUAUAAAGAGACAUUUCCACUUGUUUUAUUAACCAAAGCAGUCAGAGGUCAGACGUCCCAGCAGGAUUUAGGGUUCAGGGAUGUUUCACUAAGUUCCCUCACUGCCAGCCAGAGCUCUUUUAAUCUUAUUUUACAUAUUCAAGCUCUCAUUCCUUAAAACGCUUCAGUGGGGAAAUUAGCUGAAUACUUGGAAAAUGGCUGCGAGCAUAAAUGACGCACUCGUGUGGUUUCCACUCCUGUCAUGAGUCACUGUAAAACCUCUGCAGGUCUGCAGGUGAACGCAAACAUUUCUAAUAUACGGCUUUUCUUUUUGGAUUUGACGACAUUUACUGCAGGAUUCUGUAACAUCACGUCUGUAUGAGAGAGUAUUAUACAGAGAUUCUUAUGGCUUGUUUGUAGAUCUGGCUCUAAAAGACUCAUUUGAGGCUUUCUAGAUGGAUACCUUGAUAUUAUUGGUUAGUACUAACUUAUGGAAGCACACAUCAUAUUUUGUAAUUUUAAUAUUAAAAUACAAAGAUUGUUUUGUAGUUUUUUUUUGCAUAUAUUAUUAAAUAGCUGCACAAUAA